AUGUCUUACACAGACGACUACACGGAUAGUUCUGACACAGAAGGUUCUGUAUCAUCAGUUCACUCGACGCAGCAUGCUUCUGGCAGUCAAUUAGAUAUUUACAGCAAACUAGCAACGCCGUUUUAUGACUACACUGCAGGGGACUGGGCCACAAUCUUUCAAUACACCUUCGUCCUUCGCUACACCCGCCUAUUCUGCAACAUUUGGGGAAGCUGGCGAUACGAGCCGUCCCCUGUCCAAGCCUGGCCCAAAUGGACCAACAGAGACGUCACCGUGAUUCUUCCCACGAUUGACCCAGGUAACGAAAAGUUUGUAAAAUGUAUCCUCUCCGUACUCGAGAACAGGCCAGCUGCCAUUCUCAUCGUCACCGUCGGCGCCAGGAUGCGCCGCCGCUGCGAGAAAGUCGCCAGACGCUACAAGAAACAGUACCCCUCGACGAGAAUCGGCGUGAGCGCCAUCCUCCGCCCCUCGAAGCGCCGUCAGGUGGCCCACGCCGUACCGCACGUCGACACCGAAAUCACGAUUCUUGCAGACGACCACGUCUACUGGCCCAGCACCGAAUUCAUAACUUCGGUCCUGGCCCCCUUCGAGGACAACAACAUGGGAGUGGUGGCGACAUACAAGCGUGUACUUCGCACGACACCUGGUAAGUGGUCUGUAAUCUCUAUUGUGAACCUGAUCGGGUGCUUCUACCUCCUUCGCCAUAACUGGGAGCUGCGCGCCUCCAAUGCCAUUGACGGAGGCGUCUUUGUCGUCUCUGGCCGCACCGCCGUCUACCGAACUAAGCUCCUCAAGUCGACGGGGUUCAUGGACAGGUUCUGCAGGGAGCGUUUCUUCUUUGGUCUUUUUGGCGGCAAGGGCCUUGGCCCCGACGACGACAAUUUUCUCACCCGCGAAGCGUACCGACAUGGUUGGAAAGUCAAGUUCCAGCAGACCGAAGACAGCGUAGUCGAGACGUCGCUGGGCGACGAGAACGCCGUCAAGUUCCGGGGCCAGCUGGUCCGCUGGGCGAGAACGACAUUCCGGAGCAACCCUUGCAUGUUGAGGCGCGUCAGCGACGUUUACACCUGGCGCAUGCCAUACACCUACUUGGCGGUAUACGCAGCGACUCUCCUCAACUUUGCUUUCUUCUGGGACGCAACUCUUUUUGUGUCUUUGUAUCUUUCAUGGCAUACUAGGGGAGUAUUCACGAGCGAAAUGGGCCUGCUUGCGCUUUGGGUCCUGUGGACCAAGACCAUCAAGCUCUGGCCGCACAUCCUUCACCACCCGUCCGAUAUCCCCUUGAUACCAUGCCAGAUUCUCUUUGCUUACGCUCACUCUCUCAUCAAGGUUUGGGCACUCUUUACAUUCUGGGAUUGUGCCUGGUUGGGCAGGAACUUGGAUGCUGUCGACGCGGAGUCCAAGGAGUUGAGGAAGGAACUGGAUAAGCACUUUACCUUUGCUUAA